AUAGCAACACAAACACAUCCACACCAAAACACAAAUACGUCAAUCACUAUCAUCAUUCUCGUUUCUAAAUUACUUUAAAUUUAUAUGAAGACAUUGCAAAUAUGGAUAAAGAUGUAUCAAACUACUCCGUUAUCGGUCGAAUAGGCGAAGGCGCCCACGGUCUCGUGUUUAAGGCGAAGCACUUGCCUACGGGGCGGGAGGUGGCACUGAAGAAGAUCCUGAUUAAAAACCUGGAGGAUGGAAUACCGGUUAAUGUGAUGAGAGAGAUUAAAGCGUUACAGCUGCUUCGGUGUAAAUAUGUAAUAAAACUCUAUGAAAUGUUUCCGCGCGGCAUGAGCCUGGUAUUAGUACUGGAAUACAUGCGCUCCGGGUUAUGGGAUAUGCUGCACCACAACCAGGCCGCGCUUACGACGCCAGUCGUCAAGAGUUACGCGCAGAUGUUGCUCAAGGGCACGCGGUACAUGCACGCUCACUACGUCAUGCACAGGGAUCUUAAACCAGCAAAUUUACUAAUAAACCACGAGGGUAUACUGAAGAUCGCAGACCUCGGUCUAGCGCGCCUUUACUGGCCUGACGGCGGCCGGCCCUACUCGCACCAAGUGGCUACGAGGUGGUAUCGUGCCCCGGAACUACUCUACGGGGCAAGAUUUUACAACGAGAAGGUAGACAUGUGGGCCGUGGGCUGCAUCAUCGCAGAGAUGAUACUUAAGAAGCCGCUUUUUGCUGUUGUUGGUGCAAACUUUCUGGUGGAGCAUUUCGGCAGAGAGUCACUUACGAACCGAAUAUUGGGUGAAUCCGACAUCGAACAACUAGCCAUAGUCCUCCAGCACCUCGGUACUCCGACAGAGGAAACGUGGCCAGGUCACGCCCAGCUACCGGACUUCCACAAGAUCACGUUCCCAGAGUCCUCGCCCACACCUUGGUCUGAGUUGAUCCCAACGGUGGAAGCUGACGCGGUGCACCUGAUUAAGUGCUGUUUGUACUAUGAUGCUGAUAAAAGGAUAUCCGCUAAGCAGGCUCUAUUGCAUCAAUGGUUCCAGACACGGCCCCUGCCAGCGUCUCUAGCAGACAUGCCGAAACCAACAAGUUCUGCUAAAAUAAAAUACCCCUAAGCGUAUAAAAAUAAAACAUCUCAAUAAAUUUAUCUGGUUAUUUAA